UUUGAAUGCAGGUACCCUCUCGUUCUACGCGAGGUUAUGGCUCGAUUAUCGCUAGGGAGUGGUAUGCAGAGCUCCCAGAGACCGUUCGUCACAUGGUGGACGGGACAGGAUUUGGGCCCUUUUGUGCGGGGCUAUCUCGCUACCCUGCAAGCAGGACCUUGAUGGGGACACUCGUGGAGAGAUUGUAAGACACCACCAACUCUUUCUACUUCUCAGCUACCGGGGAUAUGACGAUGACCCCGUUCAACUUUGCGAUGCUGACUGGCCUUGAUGUGGCUGGCCGACCGGUCCCUUACGACGAGGAUAUGGGCGAGUGGGAGGCUGCUUGGAUCCAUCUGUUGGGAGUUCGCCCACCGAUUGAUCGAUCUUCGGACAGAGUUAGGUACACUUGGUUCCCCGUGCAGUAUAGGGGGAGUAUGCCCGAAACUUUUGAGGAGAUAGAGCAGUACACUCGAGGUUUUUUGAUGUUCCUCCUUGGGACCACUUUGUUCUCCGACAGGAGGAACAUCGUUGGACUAUAUCUGCUCAGUGCUUUGGUGGACCUAUCACAGGUCAGCCAGUAUGACUGGGGUGGCGCCGGCCUCGCUACCCUCUACUGCUAUAUGAGUGCGACGUCCUGCGGACGGAGGAACAUAGUUGGCAGCUACUGGAGAGCCCGAGAGUUAUGGGUUUACGUGUACUUUCCGACGCUAGCCCUAGAGUUCGAGGUGGAGGUGCCUCUUACGAUCCCUUACUCUCAUGUGUUUGAGGGUCGAUGCCGGGCGAGGGCUCGAGAGACUCUGCCCUUCUUGCGACAGUUUUUUGACACGGUGCGGGCGAUCGAGGUACCCUUGAGAGGAGAUAUCCGUUUCCAGUUCCCGAGGGCAUGGGCUUCUUCUCAGUAUAGGACUUUGUUUGAGAGGCUAGUUGGCAGGGCCUGGUUUCUGGGAGAUCGCUUUAUGCGCCAGACGAUGGGCGUCCCUGAGCAGAGUGUCCCUCUAGCACCUCCAGAUGACAUGUGGUCCGCUGAGAGACUCACUCCCGAGGAGGUCGAUGUCGCUAUGUUGGGUACCAAUGCAGCUCUGCACAUGGAGGAGGGAUAG